AUGGUUGUUCAUGAUUUUUUAAAUAACUUCCCUCAAAAGAGGAAAGCUAUUGAACCUAUUUUGAAUAAUUUGAGAGAAUCAAAGUUUUGGUAUUUAGAUCCAAGACUAAGAAUUGUAAAAUUGUCUCAUGAUAAUUAUUGUGUACAAGCUAUUGAGGAUAUACCUGUUGAGGAAGUAAUUAAAAUUUAUGAUGAGAAUGGAGAAAGAGAGGAAUAUAGAGGUGUCACAAUUGUAAAAGAUUCAUUACUCUGUCAUGAUCAAUUUAUUACAGGUGCAUGCUUAUCAUCAGAUGAGAGUAUUGUUACUGUUGGUAUUACUCUCAAACAUUUGAUUCAGAAUUUAAAGAAAUUCCAGAAUGCAUUGAGAGGAUUACAUCCUAGAAAAAUUGAUGAGGCUCCUAAAAUUUUUGACAAAGAAUGGAGAGAAUUCUUUUUCGAACAUUUACAACUCGUAAAACAAAAUAUUGGUAUAAAGGAGGAAUUUGAAGGUAUGUCACUGGAAGAAAUUGAAUAUCUUGAAAACGACAAGGAAAGGCUUGAGGAAGUACUCAGACUUACCAUGGCUAUCAAAUUGAAUGGUUUUGUAGGAGGUGUGUAUGGUUUGGCGUGCCUUUUCAAUCAUUCUUGUGAGGAAAAUUGUGAGAAAAUAGAUGAAAAAAUCGUAACAACCAGAAAUAUUAAGGCAGGAGAUUUUGUUUGUUUAAAUUAUAUGGGAUUUGAUGAUACAUUGGGAAACAGAAGAAAGUAUUUGAUGGAACACUUUGCCUUUGAAUGUGAAUGUUCUAGAUGUCAAAGAGAAAUAAUGGCAGGUAUGUCUCUAGACGCUGAUGAAGAAGCAGAUGAUGUUAUGGAAGAGCAAGAAGUUACAGUGACAGAAAAGGAUUUGGAAUAA